UGCUAGCGUAAGCUAGGCAUUUGCUCAUGCGGGAAGAGAUCAGCUGGUUGGUUAGUUUACUGCUUCUGUUAGCUUAGUGUGUCAGCAUUCGUAGUCCAUGGGAAAGCUUUUCCCCCCUCGGGUUACGCUGACUUCCGCCUCAUUUACUAAACAACCAAACAGCUAAUGUUUGCUGACUGGCUGUUAUCUGCGUGUAUUCAGCUCGCUAGUGAGGCUCUGAGCUUGGAGCAUCCUGCUAGCCUGGCAGCUAAAUUAGCAAAACACACUGGAAAUCGAGAAGGUACAGUUUUCACUCAUUUUCAGUGAGGACCAGUGUCACUGAUCAUGGCAGGUGGAAUUACAGAGACCGGGGAACCCUACUCCCCAUUUGUGGGAUUGGUGUAUAUGUUCAACCUGAUUGUGGGAACAGGAGCUCUGACGAUGCCCAAAGCAUUUGCUGCAGCUGGCUGGGCGGUCAGCUUAGCUCUAAUCUCCUUUUUAGGAUUCAUGAGUUACAUGACCACGACCUUUGUGAUAGAGGCGAUGGCAGCGGCCAAUGCUCAGUUGCGCUGGAAGAGGAGAGAGCAGGAGGAGGUUGAAGACAGCGACUCCAGCUCUGAUUACUCAGAUGACGAUCCGGUGGGAAGGAGUCGGUCUGAGCCAGAGACGAAGCCCAUCCUCUCUGUUCGUGAGUAUCAGCGAUCCGGAGGUCACGUCGAUCACUUUGACAUCGUGGAGCGGGUCGAGAUGGGUCAAAUGGCCUCCAUGUUCUUCAACAAAGUUGGUGUGAAUAUGUUCUACAUUUGCAUCAUAGUCUACCUGUACGGAGACUUGGCCAUCUACGCCGCAGCUGUGCCUAUAUCCCUGAUGGAAGUUGCGUGUGGAAACCACUCCUGCAGCGCUGGAAGUGUGAAGUACAAUGAUACAGACCCAUGCUGGGGUCCUGUCACCAGGAAAAAUGCCUAUCGAGUCUUUCUGAGCGUGUUCACUCUCCUGUUGGGGCCUUUUACCUUCUUCAACGCCCAGAAGACUAAAUAUCUUCAGAUUCUCACCUCACUCAUGCGUUGGAUUGCGUUCACCAUGAUGAUCAUCUUGUCUCUGAUCCGCAUCGGUAAAGGCACCGGCGAGGGCCAUCCCCCCGCCGCCUCCCUGAUGGGCGUCCCCAACCUGUUCGGCGUGUGCGUCUACUCCUUCAUGUGCCAGCACUCCCUGCCCUCCCUGGUCACGCCCAUCUCCAACAAGAAGCGCGUGGGCGGCCUGGUGCUGGCCGACUACGUGCUGAUCCUCGGCUUCUACGUCCUGCUCUCGCUCACGGCCAUCUUCUGCUUCAACAGCUCGCUGCUGCACGACAUGUACACCCUGAACUUCACGGACAACUGCGACGUGCUGGGCGUCCCGGUUCUCCGCUACUUCCUGGGCCUUUUCCCGGUUUUCACCAUCAGCACGAACUUCCCCAUCAUCGCGGUGACGCUGCGGAACAACUGGAAGACGCUGUUCCACCGGGAGGGGGGCACGUACCCCUGGGUGGUGGACCGCGUGGUCUUCCCCCUCAUCACGCUGGUGCCCCCCAUCGUGGUGGCCUUCUUCACCCACAACCUGGAGUCACUAGUAGGCAUCACCGGGGCUUACGCCGGCACUGGGAUCCAGUAUGUGGUCCCGGCUUUCCUGGUCUUUUACGCCCGGCGCCAUCUGGAGCCAGUGAUGGGCAGAGAUGCCGUCAACAAGCACCGCUCCCCGUUUCGCCACGCUUUCUGGGUGUGGUUCGUGUUGCUGUGGGCCACCUUCUGCCUCAUGUUUGUCACAGCUAACAUCAUCCUGAACGACACUAAGAAAUGAGAGAGAUCCCGAGAACGGGCCAGUUUCUGUUCCUGUACACGUGGCCUUACUUGCUGCUGGUUGGUGCCUUUCUAAAAUAAAAUGUAAAUAAGAGUAAAUAUUCCACUUAAAAUGGACCAAAUGUCUAAUACAUAUAUUUAUGUUAAUUCAAAGAAGCGGGAAGUGGACAUGACAAUAAUAAAAGGGAAUUUAUUGAAAGAUCUUUGUCAAUAAAAGAAAAAUGUUGGAGAUUUUUUUUACUCAACACUUUUCCAACGAAAGGAUAGUAUUCAAAUGGUUGAAAAUGCUUUAAACAAGCAAGUUCUUUAAAUGGAAAGUGUAAAAAUGUGGCAAUCGGAUUGUCUUCUGUCGGAUGUCUGCACUGCAGUUCAUUGUCUUUGUGUCCCAUUCAAAUUCAAAACUGUGGAGCAGUGUCCCCAUAAGAGCAGAGCAGCGACCAGAGAAGGAGCCUGUUGUGAAUUUGGACCAGAAAGCACCAGGAGAAGAAAACUGAACCUACCAGGUGCUGAUGGCUCUUUUGUGGUUGAAGUGUGUCCGUACCUCAGAUCCACUGGCCUCCACAGCAAACGAUGACAGAGCCACUCUCUAGGAGGAGAGCCGUGUCUGUUCAUCACCAGACGCUUGUGCCUGUAGUUCACACACAGGGCAUGUCUCUCGUAUAUUGCUGCUCAACAUCCAUUCACAACUCUGUCAGCCUCGUACUGUAUCCAUCACACUGUCCCCCACCUGACAGGAUAAUGGUGAUUCAGGUCUCGCUGUGGGGAGAUCGCGCUGCUCCACCUUCCUACCGUGGUUCAGUCGUUACUUAGGGAAAACGUGCUCUUGAAAACCUCAUGUAAUGAGGUUUGUGAAUUAUGUAGAAUAACAAAACGUCUUCAUUGUUACAGUGUCAACAGAAAUGUUCCCUCCCACCAACUGAUGCUGAUGCCAAGUACAGUAAAGUCCAGGUGGACACAGAGUCUUAUUUUAGUGAGUUGUUAAAUCCACCGUGCAUCUCUUCUCCUUUUCUCCUUUACAUUUUCAGCAUGUGGCACUUUCAGUCAACAAAAGUGAUCGAAUCUCUAAGUUAGAUGAAAACAGCCUUUUUUCACAAUCCAGUCUUCACAUGUUCUUUUUUUGUAGUCUUUGUUUUUCUUUAUAAUUUUCUCAUAAAAUAUAAAAUAUCAUGUGUGACUAGAUAGCUGUCAUUUUUGUUUGUGUUGCACGUCAGUGUAAAAUGUUUAUGGUUAAUUGAUACAACACAAGCCUGCUUUUUUUUUUCUCUCACUGCUUUGAGUUCUGUGUGGAUGACGUCUACACAUCCACAUCCCUGAAGGCCUGGAUUUUAUUACGUUGGUAUAGUGUUUUUUUCCAUCAUACCAAACUUUAUGACUGCACUCAAAAUGUAAAACAUGAGUUAUACAUGACUAGUGUUCAUACAUAUUUAAUUUGUGUGGGUAAUUAAAAUGCAAACCCAGUCUUGGAGGGACCGGGAGCUCAGUGGUUUGUGGACCUCUGUGCAUCUUCCUCAUCAGCUGCUGUAAUGUGGUUGAAAUUGAAAGCUAAUGUUCUGUGACGCAGGUGUUUUUAGGGCAUUGCAACUUCAACUCAUGGACCAAAUGCACACGAAUAGAACAACAAUAGUAAUAGAACUCAUUUUUGAAGCGGGGUACAGUGUUCAUGUUAUAAUGUCCAUGUGCUCACCUGUCAGCCUGUCUGAUCUGGUUGGUAGUGGGAUGUUUAAACUACAAGCAGUAAUACGUGAUUAUCAUGUCUUAGUUUAUCUUUUCUUACUUAAUUUUCUGAUAUAUUUUUUUUAAUGUUCACUGAAGUAAAAGAUCAGAUCAGAAGCACAAACGGCCAAACUUUGGAUCUAUGUGUUUAAUUCAACCUGGAGACCGUCCUGACUGUACAGUAUGUGUGGUAUGAGUGAAGGAUUCUAGUGGUUGCGAUUACUCGUGCCUUUUUGUGUUUUUUUUCUUCUUUGUGUUGAUCUGUACUUACUGAACUCCUGCUUUUCGUCUUGUAAAAAAGCAGCAUCUGCAUGUACAGUAAACCUUUUCAUUUGAAUGACAAUCGGCCUCCUGCUCAACUUGGUAUAUUUAAGUUAGUUGCAUUUGUUUUCUGCCUCGUUGUGUCACACUUUAUCCAUGUGUCUGGUGUUUGUUUACAUUCAUUUUGCCAACUUAUGAUUCACCAGUGAUGCUUUAAGUGAUGUUCUGUUUGAUAUUCAUGUUUUAAAGAAAUAAAGGCUUAAUGUUCAUCUGAACAACCCUGGAUUAAAGUAAGAGUCAACUUGUUAAACUAACCCAACCCAUAAACCAUGUCAAACACCUGUUCAUGAAGUAAUCCGACCUUAUCGUAUUUCAGCAUCAACCAGACAAAACUUCCCUCUUUAUGGCAUGGGCUUCUGGUUGAGUGAUGGUCAAUAAUGGUAAUGCUGAAUAUGAAUAAAUAAAAUAGCUAAAUCAUU